UUAUUUAGUAUGAUCAAUUAUCGCGUAGGACAUAUUUGUGGAUGACUUUUUGAAUUGUCACUACUCUUUCGGUUUCAGGAUGAACGUCAGUUUUAAUGAGAUCCAUGAGAACACCAAGCUGGGCCGUGAGAGUGCUCUGCUGGGUAACUAUGAGUCUUCAAUGGUCUACUACCAGUGUGUCAUUCAGCAGAUUCAGAAACUUGUCAUGGCCAUAAAGGAGCCAUCUAGAAGACAGAAAUGGCAAGAGGUUCAACAGGAAAUUUCUCAGGAGUAUGAACAUGUGAAAGACAUCAACAGCACCCUGGCCAGUUUCAAGACUGACAGUUCCCGUCCGUUCAUUGGGAACUACGCUGAUAACUUUGGACAGAACGAUUACUUGGAGGAACCGACCAGAGACCGAGAUGUGUGGCCACCACCAACACCAUCAAAUCUAGAUCAAAGGCCAUCCCCAAAUAUAAGAGGAGGGUUAGCGAAACCGGCCCCUAGAAAGCCAGAACCAGCCCGCCGAGGUGCGAAGGUGGUGGGCCCGGAUCGCGGGAGGAAGGGCCCGUCGUACGGUGCUGUUGACAAGGGUCGAGACAAUAAAGACAAAGGACGGGAUAAGAAGAAGCCACAUGACGAAGAUGGGGAAAAGAAGUUUGAUGCCAGUGGUUAUGACAAGGAUUUGGUGGAGCACUUAGAACGAGAUAUUUUACAGAAGAAUCCCAAUGUUCACUGGGAUGACAUUGCAGAUUUGAAAGACGCUAAGAAGCUGUUAGAAGAGGCUGUAGUCCUACCACUUAUUGUUCCAGAUUUCUUUAAAGGAAUUAGACGACCGUGGAAGGGAGUUUUGUUGGUUGGUCCUCCGGGUACCGGGAAAACGAUGCUGGCCAAGGCCGUUGCCACCGAGUGCGGUACGACGUUUUUUAACGUGUCCUCAUCGAGCCUCACGUCAAAGUACCGAGGCGAGUCCGAGAAAUUAGUCCGACUACUCUUUGAAAUGGCACGUUUUUAUGCACCGAGUACAAUAUUUAUCGACGAGAUUGAUUCAAUCUGUUCAAAACGUGGCAGUGACUCGGAACACGAGGCCAGUCGGAGGGUAAAGUCCGAACUGCUGAUUCAGAUGGACGGUGUUGGGGGUGUAUGCGGAGAGGACCCAACUAAAACUGUCAUGGUGCUCGCAGCAACCAACUUUCCCUGGGAUUUGGACGAAGCUCUCAGGAGAAGACUGGAGAAGCGUAUCUACAUUCCAUUGCCAACAGUUGACGGUCGAGUGGAGUUGUUAAAAAUCAACCUGCGCGAGGUGGAGCUCGACCAGACUGUAGACCUGGAGAAGGUUGCCCUCGAACUCAAUGGCUACUCUGGCUCCGAUAUCACCAAUGUCUGCAGGGAUGCUGCAAUGAUGUCAUUCCGUAGAAUAAUCGAGGGCCUUCGACCGGAAGAAAUCCGCAACAUUCCCAAAGAGCAGCUCAUUCAGCCGACGUCGAUGGACGACUUCAAGAAGGCGAUUCUCAAGGUUAAUAAAAGUGUUUCCAAGCAAGAUCUCGAGAAAUACGAAAAGUGGAUGAGCGAAUUCGGUUCUGUUUGAGAAGAAUUUGUGAUAAGGACACCACCUGAUGUCAGACUACUCUCGUUCAAGUGUUGGAGGUCGUCUUGAAGUAAUAUCAGAAACCAGUGACUGUCCGACAGUGAUAUCAAACUAGACUACAAAUUACAUUCACAUGCAUGGUUAUUUCUCUGUCACUACUUACACACAUCAUUCACACUCUGUCUUUGUCAUAUGAGCCUGUUACUAUAUAGAUGAUAGUGAAAAAAAAAAAAAAUUGUAUAUAAGAUGGUAAAUAUAUGCUAUAUGUAGGGUGUCUCAAAGUGUUGCUCAGGAGUAUUUUUUCAAUACAAAAUGUAGAUUUUAUUAUUCCUUGAAAGAUGUAGAGCUGAAUUUACAAAAGGCGAUCAUAACAUGAUUUAUUUUUGAUGUGUGUAUAUCUUAAACAAUCACCAACUACUUUGUUUAUUGCAGGUUAUUAAAUAUACACAGCUGUUUAAAAAAGUUAAAUGUUACUAAGAGAUAAAUGGCUUUCGUAAAUUAAUUUCAGUGAAACCUCUCAAAACCAGACCCUCGAUAAACCGGAAUUCCCUCAAAACCGGACAUUUUUCACGGUCCUUUUUACCGAAUCAGUAAAGAACCUAACCUAUUUAAACUGGAUACCUCUUAAAACCGGACAUUUUACUUGGUCCCGAGGGUUUCCAGUUUACAGGGGUUUCACUGUAUUUAGUUGUUUUGAUAAUAAAGUUGAUAUAUCUUUAUCAGCUAUUCAGUCACUUUUUUAAGGAAAUGUACAUUAUUUUCAGACAGUAAAUUACAUAUUGAUCCUAAACUUUCAGUCAUUUUGAUUGUGUAUCCCCUUUUCAAUUAACCUGACAGUACAUAUAUAAUUCAAAGCAUAUAUUUCAAAAUAUAGCCAUGUUACCAGCUUGGUAAUAGUGAUGUUGGGUAACCAAAACAUUGUGUGCAUAUCCAUUAUUGUAAUUUACUGAUAAAGAAGAUAAGUUUUUGCUUUGUCAGUGUACUGUACUAUUUAUUGCAGGUUGAAAAAAAAUUGUUGGUAUAGUUAAUGUAGUGAUCAAUAAUUAACUGUCUUUUUACAUCAACCAAAACAAUUCAAAGAUUUUUAAAAAUGAGAAUAAUGGUUUAGUGCCUGUUUUUCAUCACUAUUCCUUUAAGAAGAAUUGCUCAAAGAAGUUAUCUUAUAUAAUAUGUAAUUUUAUAAUAUGGUGUAUAUUUUCAAUAUUGUUUAAAAAAACAAAUUAUCAAGAGAGAAAGUUCAAUACUUUUGUAUUAUUUCGGCAGGUUAUAUCCCCUACAUUGUUUGGAUUGCUCAGAAGUUUUUUUGAAUAUGAAAUUUACUCGUUUCAUAUUCCUAUAAUUAAAGUAAAUAAUAGUUUUAAUAAGACCCACUAAUAAAUGUUUUAGAUCUG